AUGUGUGAUUUUUUGUUACACUAACUUAACAUUAUUUUGUGAACGAUACAAAAAAACGUAGGAGGCAAAAUCGGGUCUACCCGAUAAAAAUAGGGCCGUAAUCGGGUCAUUCCUCCUUGGCAAAUCCGACUCCAUUUCCCGGUUCCCGCAUUGUGCAGGUUCUUGAAUGUUACAAAAAUGGCGUAUCUACUCUCUACGAGCUUCACCGCUCCUUUACUCAUAAACAAGGAACUGAAUGGAUUCGAUUAUGCUCUGAAUAAAAUUUCGAAGAAAACAACAGUUACUUCAGCUCAAAAAAUCAUAGGAUGUAAUAUCUCAAAUAAAUGCAUAUUAUUCAUCGAAGGAAGAGGAAGCUAUCAGCAUUGCUUGAUGUCAUCGGCAAGAGUUCUAUAUGACAGACACUCUUAUAAAGUGAAUGUAAAUUAUUGCACUAUGGUAGUUAUAUCUGGUUAUUGGGUUGGCCCUGAUGUUGAUGAUGGGUGGGGAUUUGUGGAAGCUGUUAUUGAUCAAAUAACUUGAUCUUGUUUGUUUUGGACAAAAGUUGGUUUAGAUAGGAUUGAUUUCGGGAGUUCAUAGUCAAUAUCUGCAAACGUUAUCUUUGGUUGAGUAAGACUUAACUCCUAA